AUGGUGUCUCAGAGGUCAAAACUAAACAUCAUCGUGAUCGUUGGUCUGUGCAUGGUCAAUUUAAUGGGAAUCAAAUCAGAUGAAUACAUGCUCCCAAUGUCACUUGGUGGAGACGGAGCAAGAAUUGUCAACUUUAAAGGGGUCAUAUUCACUUUGGACUCUGAUCUCCAGCUCACAGUUCAAGAUGCAGACUGUACGUACAAGGUUAAAUACAAUUCAUUUGAAAACAAAGGUGCAGGCAAAGGAAAGACAAAGCGUAACGGUUCAAAGAAUUGUAAAAGUCAGCAAUCCACAAGCCGUUAG